ACCGAGGCGGCGAUCCCCGUCGGAGAAUGUUCCUGCCCUCGACGACUAUCGAGACGGACUUGUCGUGGACUCGUUGAAAGCUGCUCGCGUUUCGAGGGCGAGAGAUCGACGGACGACGACGAGGGUGCGACGCAGCGCACCGCACCGGGUGGCGCGGUAAUCCGACGUGAUCGCCCGAAUGGGGUAAUCGUCCACGGGAAAAACAGUGAUGGCACGUCGAGAUACAAUUCAUCUCGGCGUGCGUGUGCGCGAGUGACUUGCUUCAUCAGUGCAGACGUGGUGCGAAGGAAGGAAGACCGGGCUUCGUGUCAGUACGCGCGGAUCAUCGUGACCUGUGUCUUCGUGACUCGUACAUGCACACAUAAAGCUCCUUGCGAUCUGUCAGGCGGAAAACGAGAUUACGGAUGUGACGAUACGAUGACGCGAGAUCGGCAACGACGGAGAGAUCAUCCUUGCGCUGUAAAUCAGCGGAUUCUGAGGAUGGUCCUUCAGAUGCUAUUAAUUCAGAAUUUCAUUACAUUUAAAGUCGUUGCCCAGAUAGCCGAAUGCCCGUCGUCGGAAAUAAUUCCGGGCUGUCCUUGCUAUAACUUUGAAGAUGGUCUCUUUCUGGAAUGUGCUGGCGCUACGGAAGAGACUCUAAGAACCACGCUACAAGGCGUGCUAAGUACAAGCGGCACGGGCACGAUGGUACAGUCAUUGAGCGUUUACGAGCUGGACAAAAGCAUUGAGGAUCUGAAGGAGGGUGCUUUUCCGCCCGGUUCACAAAUCAGACAUCUUCAAAUAUCUCAUUCGUCUUUGCGUGAAGUGAGCGAGGGUGCUUUCACGAAUCUGAAAGACAGCCUGGAAUCCUUGGCGCUGGUGUCCGGUCGUUUGCCGCACGUGCCUCAAAAAUCACUGGCUGAACUGCGGAAGCUGGCUGCGUUGGACCUCGAGACAAAUCUGAUACAGGAUCUCUCGUCUUAUUGUUUUUACGGCUUGAAACUGAUGAAACUGACUCUAAAGGGAAAUCAGAUAUCGAAAAUUUCUGAAUACGCGUUUGCGGGCCUCGAAGACAGUCUCAGCGAUUUAGAUCUAGCUGAAAACAAGCUCAAGCUGUUUCCUAUGGCUCCCCUGAGAAGGCUAGAAAGCCUGGCCUCGCUCAGAUUAGCGUGGAACGAGAUAUCCGAGCUACCUAACGACGGUUACAGCCUUCUUGGUUCCCUGCUGAUCCUUGACUUGAGCAGUAAUAAUUUCGAGAAACUGGCUGAGGACUGCUUUAGGCCUUGUCCCAUCCUUCACACUCUAUCUCUCUAUUACAAUUCCAUCGAAAGCAUUCAUAAGGACGCUUUCGUAUCGCUGAAGGAGCUCGAGUCGAUCGACUUGAGCCACAACAAAAUCGUCUUCCUCGACGUGGCAACGUUCAAGGGGAACGAACGGCUACGUACGAUUGAACUCAGUCAUAACCACAUCCACUAUAUCGGCGGCGUGUUCGCGAGACUGCCCGAGCUCAGGGAACUUUAUCUGGCGGAAAACAAUAUCCUGGAGAUCCCGGGGGACGCGUUCGCCGGCAGCGUCAGCCUCGCGGUGGUGUAUCUUCAACAAAACGCCAUUCGUAGAAUCGACGCAAAGGGUCUCACGAGUCUCACGCAGCUCGCCCAAUUGCAUCUGAGUAACAACUACAUUGAGAAAGUGCCGCGAGAAUUCCUGGAGCACUGCGAGAACCUCUCGUCACUGUCUCUCGAUGGUAACAAGAUCCGCGAGUUACAGCCUGGCACCUUUCUCAAACUACAUCAGCUGCGUGAGCUGCGACUGCAGGAUAAUCAUAUAACGGAAGUGAAGCGCGGCGUUUUCACGCCGCUUCCGGCACUUCUCGAACUCCACCUGCAGAACAACGCCAUCACCUCGAUGGAGACGGGCGCGCUGAGAACGUUGAAUAGUCUCCAGCACGUUAAUCUGCAGGGCAAUCAGUUGACCAUGCUCGGCGACGUCUUUCAGCUGUCCGCAUCAGAAUCAUCUUCCGGCGGAAGCUCUUUGGUGUCCAUUCAGUUGGACAGCAAUGGCCUGGCCGUGCUACAUAAUGAUUCCCUGCGUGGUCAAGCGUCCGUCAGAAUUAUGUGGUUGGGUCACAACAAGCUGACACAUUUGCAAGCGCCUCUCUUCAGGGAUCUCCUUUUAGUAGAGCGUCUUUAUCUGACGAACAAUUCGAUAUCCAGGAUCGAGGACGCUGCUUUUCAACCGAUGCAGGCUUUGAAGUUCCUUGAGCUCAGCAUGAACAAGCUCAGUCAUGUAACAGCGAAGACGUUCUCAGAAUUGCACGAGCUGGAGGAGCUGUAUUUGCAGAAUAACGGCUUGAGGCGGCUCGAUCCUUACGCGUUGAUGGCUCUGAAGAAGCUAAAGGUGUUGGAUCUGGCGAAUAAUUAUCUUACCGUUCUGCAAGAUGCAAUUUUUCAAGAAGACUUGCCAAUUAAAAUACUAAACUUGAAGAAUUGCUCGAUAACUACAAUAGAGAACGGUGCCUUUCGUGGGCUUAAUAAUUUGUUGAACCUCAACUUGGAAGAUAAUCUCCUGACAGCGUCGGCGUUAUUACAUUUACAUAUUUCCGGUCUUCGAACACUUGCGGCAUCCAGCAAUAAUUUCAGCCAGAUCACAGAGCACGGUUUCAACGGAUUGCCAUCCUUGCAAGAGCUGUUGCUGGACGAUUCGCAUAUAAGUCAAUUGCCAGAAACUAUAUUCGUGUUAAAUCGGAAUCUAGCGCGUUUACAUUUGAAUCGGAAUCAUCUGCGCUCCCUUCCGCCGGGCAUCUUCGACAGAUUAUUGUCACUACGGGAAAUACGUCUGGAUCAUAAUCGAUUCCAAGACAUCCCAUACUCGGCGCUAGCGAGCGCACUCAAUCUCGAGAUUCUCACGUUGUCCACCAACGAGAUCCUCAACGUAGACGUGGCCAGUUUCGCCAACUUGAAACAUCUGAGAGAGUUGGACCUGAGCCACAAUAAGAUCGAGACAAUGUCUGGCUUCGCGAUGGCCAAUCUGUCGCGCCUGAUCUCCGUGGAUCUCAGUCACAACAACCUGAACGCGCUGCCGGCGAAUUUCUUCGCGCAUUCGUCCCUGUUGCGAAGAGUGGACCUAUCGGAGAAUAAAUUUCGACAGAUACCCGCUGUGGCCCUUUCGGGUCAGAAUCUUCCUGGUCUAGCCUGGCUGAAUCUCACCCGGAACCCUUUAAACAGAAUCCAUGAGAUGCCAUCGGAGGCGAUGUAUCCCAUUCUUCAGGAAGUACAUAUAUCUGGUACGAAUCUCAGCAUAGUGACCUCGCAAGAUUUCGAAGCCUUCCCGGCGUUGUUGCAUCUCUAUUUAGGCCAGAAUUGCAUCCUCCGAGUAUCGCCGGGUGCGUUUCGCAGUUUACCGAAUUUACUUACUCUUCACCUCGGUAUGAACAGCUUGGAGAUCCUGCCGAAAGAGCGACUCCAGGGUAUGGAGCACUUACGCAUACUCAAUUUGACGCAUAAUCGUCUGAAGGAACUGGAAGAGUUUCCAGAAGAUCUCAAGUCUCUUCAGAUACUGGACUUAUCCUAUAAUCAAAUCGGAAUUGUUGGAAAGGUGACGUUCAAGAAUUUAAUUAGCCUGGUCGAGCUGCAUCUUUAUGGCAACUGGAUAAACGCCAUCUCUAGCGAGGCAUUUAGACCCUUGAAGAAACUACGUCUACUUGACUUGAGUAGGAAUUAUUUGGAGAACCUUCCACUGAAUGCUUUCCGACCUCUCGAGACGCAAAUAAGAAGUCUGCGGGCUGAAGAAAAUCCUUUACACUGUGGCUGCGAGUCGCAAGAGUUGUGGGAAUGGUUGAGAGAUCAUCAGAAAUUGGUGAGUGGGGUCGGUGGCGGUCGUAGCCGCGGAAGAAAUGGUGUCGGAGUCGGUGACGUCGAGGGCGGUUUGUUAAGAUGCGAACAGCCACCCGAGCUCCGAGGUCUCGUCUUCCUCGAUCUUGACCCUCACGCCUUCUGUUCCGCUCCGCUGGUCUUGAAACUCGCAAUUCAGGACAUUCAGCCCUUCUCCGUUCUGGUAUCAUGGCAGAGCAGAAAUCAUUCCGGUCUUCACGGGUACCAAGUGGCAUAUCAUGCCUUAGAUAGCGUCGACGAGGUACGCGGUAAGAUGCUGGAUCCGAAGGCACGUUCGGUGAGACUUACGAAGCUAGCGUCUGACACGCGGUACCUGAUCUGCGUACUCGGCCUGGGCAGCUGGGGCACGCCAAUCCCGGAGGACAUCGGGUCUUGGCAGUGGAACGCGUCGCACGACGACGUGAUCGAAGGACCCUCAUUGCCCGUAAUGGUCAAUUCACCUACCAGCCGCUGUACCGAGGUCCGAACUUUGGAUGCGCCCGACUCGAUAGUGGGCGACGGCACGGUGAGCGACAGGGGUGGUCUGGCGAGUAUUCUCACGAGACGGCUGGGCCUUAUCGUCGGCAGCUGUAUGGGUUUUGUCGUGUUCGUCGUGCUGAUCUCCGUUUUGGGUUACAUGAAAAUGAAGAAACAGCGGGCGACGAUCAAGCGGGAUCAGCCGUUGUCCUCGAAUCCGCCCGAGUACAUGUCCUACAGGCACUUCUCGUUGCAGAGCGGCGACAGAGCGGAGAAUGCCUGUCCAAGUUUCAUCAGUAACAUCGGACCAACCACCCUCAGCUCGUAGCAAAAGGCGAUGGAGUCUCGUAAAGAGACCGCUGAACACGACAUCGAGAUGAAAACCGUGUCGACCUGCACCAGUAUCUACAGCUAAUAAUCGCGCGGCGCCCUGUCCGAAGAGACGACGAGAGAUCCCUUUUCCUCUUCGGCACCGUCGAACACGUCAUGGUGGUAUGUGAUAACGGAUCUACGAAAUUUUAACGUGCGUCUCGUGUAAUCGAAGGAAACAUCAAUCGAUUGUACCAACUGCAUCGUGGUACGACGUGUCAUGAUCGUGAUAACUUUAUUCCGGCCAUCACGUCGAAUCGACGUCGAAUCUCUUUUAAUAUUUCGCGGGACGUAGAGUUCACAGUCAUUGCUCGAUUUAACAAAACUAUGCCGACCGGAGAAACUUUAAUCAAUAGCAAUAUUGCAACGUUGGAAGAUCUUUUCUACUGCAUCGUUGGAUGCAACCACGACGUCAUCACUCUCGCGAUUACGCUCAUCUCGCACGCGAAAGGAAUGCAACGCAACAAAGUGCCAAAACACGUAUCCAUGAAUAUAUACAGAUCAUAACUGAUAUCUUCUCAUCAACUGCAGUAGUGUAAACACGCGACCUCCACUGAAAGCGUCUUCGAGCGACUUAAUCUCAUUAUCAUAUAUCGGCGAGAAGCGUCAGUGCGCGAUUCUGGCGCGUUAUGGCGUUUAAAGUUUGUGCCAAAAGACUGGGAAAUCCGAACAUUUACAUGCGAAAGAAUCAAAUGGUAAAUUAGCAUUUUGACAGGAGAUUUUAUCGAAGGAUUCUUUACGAAUCUUUUCUUUUUUACAAUGUAGCAUAAAAACCGACUCCUAACGGACAUUUACACUGUUUUACGAAAACCGAGCAACGACGUAUCAACCCUCUCUCUAUCGAAAUUUGGAAUCUCUCGUACACGAAGACUGAUUUUUUAAGCUGUUUGAAAAAUUUCCUUCAUAAUUCCGAGAAUCGUCUAUGUACCAUACAUGGCGCGACACUUUUUUGUAAAUAAGAUAAAACACAUUGCGAUUUAACGAUAUCCAUGCAUGAAAUUCAUCUUUAUAGUGCUGUGGAAGCAAUAUUACAUUUAUUCGUAACGAUAGUACUAACAAUCAGCACUAACGUAAUUGAGAAGAAAUGAUCUACGUGAGGGACUCACGUUCUCGUCCUCAAAGUAUCGUGAUAGAAAAGAUUUUGCAAAUGAUCGUGAUCUUACCUCUUCGAUUUUUAUAUCAUGUUACGAGAGGUAAAUUUGCGGAUUUAGGAGACGUUGGAACGAGCACAUUCGAAUUGUUGGAUUGUGAAAGACUAAGUGUGAUUCCUGCCAAAAAAAAGAAGUAAUCGAUUCCAAGUUGCCAAAUGUUAACUGUGUAUUGAAUAUCGUGAAAAAUCGGUUUAUUGUAUAUAGAUAGAAGAUAUGUAUACACAUAGCAUUCUUUAUUAUAGUCUAGGCUUUCGGUUAAUAAAAGUAUCCCAAAGCUGUAAAUCGA